CGCGGUGCGCGUGUGAGCGAGGGCGAGCGGCGGGCGGGUUGUGCGCCGGGUAUUGGCAGGCGGGCUGUGGAGGCUGGGCGGUUCCGACUGCCUGACGCCAGCGCGACCAGAUCAAUCCAGGCUCGGGGAGCGAGCGGGCGCACCAAGGCGAGACCAGGGCCGAGGCGCGGGGACGGCGGCCCGGAGCUAAGCAGAGCGUGGGGACGGCGGCCGGGAGCGGAUCGGAGCGCGAGACCCGGCGCCGGGUCUCGUGCGUCCCCGCCGAUGGGCGCGCCGCCGAGCCGGUGCUGACUGGAUCCCUCGCUGGAAGAAUAUUUUCUACCUUUCCAAACCACAGACUAAGAAGCUAAAGAGAAUCUAUGUAAAGAAACUGAAACCUCUGUUGGCUUUGUGCUCCCACCCCGGAGGGAGCUGUCACCUCACCCUGUCUGAGGAGCGUGUAGAACUAGACCAGUCGCUAUGAAUGUGACCAGCUUGUUUUCAUUCACAAGUCCAGCUGUGAAGAGACUCCUCGGGUGGAAACAGGGCGAUGAAGAAGAGAAAUGGGCAGAGAAAGCUGUGGACGCUUUGGUGAAGAAACUGAAGAAGAAGAAAGGGGCCAUGGAAGAGCUGGAGAAGGCCCUGAGCUGCCCGGGGCAGCCGAGUAACUGCGUCACCAUUCCUCGCUCCCUGGAUGGCAGGUUGCAGGUGUCCCACCGGAAGGGACUACCUCACGUCAUUUAUUGCCGUGUGUGGCGCUGGCCCGACCUCCAGAGCCACCAUGAACUGAAGCCUCUGGAAUGCUGUGAGUUCCCGUUUGGGUCCAAGCAGAAGGAGGUCUGCAUCAACCCCUACCACUAUAAGCGAGUGGAGAGCCCAGUUCUCCCGCCGGUGCUGGUUCCAAGGCACAGCGAGUACAACCCUCAGCACAGCCUCCUGGCUCAGUUCCGCAACCUGGGACAAAAUGAGCCUCACAUGCCACUGAACGCCACGUUCCCAGACUCCUUCCAGCAGCCCAACAGCCACCCGUUCCCCCACUCCCCCAACAGCAGCUACCCCAACUCUCCUGGUGGCAGCAGCAGUACCUAUCCUCACUCCCCAACCAGCUCAGACCCGGGCAGCCCUUUCCAGAUGCCAGCUGACACACCCCCACCUGCUUACCUGCCUCCUGAAGACCCCAUGGCCCAGGAUGGUUCUCAGCCCAUGGACACGAACAUGAUGGCGCCUCCACUCCCCGCCGAAAUCAACAGAGGAGAUGUUCAAGCUGUUGCAUACGAGGAACCAAAACACUGGUGCUCUAUUGUGUACUAUGAGCUCAACAACCGUGUGGGUGAAGCGUUCCACGCCUCGUCCACCAGUGUGUUGGUGGAUGGUUUCACCGAUCCGUCCAACAAUAAGAACCGCUUCUGCCUGGGCCUGCUCUCCAACGUUAACCGGAAUUCCACUAUUGAAAACACCAGGCGACAUAUUGGCAAAGGAGUCCACCUUUAUUACGUCGGAGGAGAGGUGUAUGCAGAAUGCCUCAGUGACAGCAGCAUCUUCGUGCAGAGUCGGAACUGCAACUACCAUCAUGGCUUUCAUCCCACCACUGUCUGCAAGAUCCCCAGUGGGUGCAGCUUGAAAAUCUUCAACAACCAAGAGUUUGCUCAGUUACUGGCUCAGUCUGUGAACCAUGGGUUCGAGACAGUGUAUGAACUCACCAAAAUGUGCACUAUUCGAAUGAGCUUUGUAAAGGUGAGCAGCAACCACCCGUCUCAUUUAGGCCGGGUGCCCCCACAACACACACACACACACACACACACACUCACGCUCCUCCGCACAUAUUCCCCCCAUACUACACAUAUUCUCCCAACCCCCGCCACCAUAACCCCUUGCCCCCCGCCCCAUGCCUUCUUACAAUAUAUAAAUCUGUGCCUUCUUGGUAUAUAUUCCUAUCAGCAGGCUGACUACAGAGGUAUUUUUUUCAAACCUCUAACAAGAGGGUCAGUGUCCAAGAAGUUGUCUUUGGAACAUAACAAUGUAACCUUUUCUUCCCACCACGUGGAUCCCAGGGGUAGAACUCAGAUCCUCAGGUUUGGUGGUAGGCCGCUUUAUGCACCUGAGCCAUCUUGCUGGUCCUGGUCAAAUCUCUGUUUCUUUUGAGAGCCCAGGUAGUAGGCUGGUGCUGAGGAGGAAUUUGAAGUCCUGGUUUGUCAGCUUUGCAUCUGGAGUGGCUAGGAUUAUAGGCUGUGUGCUACCAUUGUCCCAUUGCAAGGUCUCUGGUAUACUAGGCCAGUGCUCUACCCACUGUGCUGUGUCCCCAGCCCCAUAGCUGCUACAAUAGCAUAGAAGACGGUGUGUCUUUAACAUGUGGCUUAAAUACAUGGUCAUCCUAUGAGACAGCUGAAUAAAUGUCUUUGUUCCUCUCGUUCUUUGCUUUAGCACUGUGCACAUGAGGCCGGUGCCUAUUGACUGGAGUUCUAUAGUCAGUUCUAAUCUUUUAGGGCCUGUGAUCUUUUAGGUUUCUUUAUGGCAGGCAGUUUGAUUCCUGGGACCCACAUGGUAGAACUCCCUCAGGUUGUUCUCUGACCUCCACAUGUCCCCACACAUGGCUGGGAGAGGAGUAAAUAAAUGUAACAAAAUUAGUGAGAAACUUAUUUACUCUGGAAACUAUUUUCAGUUAGUCAGGUUUUUUUGUUUUGUUUUUACAUAUUUCUAGUAAAUUGUGUGUUUUAUGUAUAAUUGAAGAGUUAGCAAGGCCCUGGCCCUCAGCUCUAAGAUUAUUCUAUAAUAUCAAAGAAAGGAGAUGAUCGGGGUCAUUGCUUAUAACAGAUAUCUCUAUCCACUUCUGCCACUGAGAGUGAAAGUUUUUUAAGAUGCUGAUGAAAUGUUCAAAACAAAAGCACAUCCAAUGACAGCAUAGUCUAGUAACUGGCUCGUCUCUCAGGGCUCAAAGAGAAGUCUUUAUCCCACUCUACCUUGUAGAAGAAUGCUAAUUACAAACUUGGAUGAGGCAGUUGUCUUUCAUGUGCAGUCUUCAAAAGCUCUGUACUUCUUGCCGGGCCUGUUUAGAGGUAUGUUCAUCACUGUGUGAGUCCAGAGCCUCGCUUUGCUCAUCCUCAGCCAGAUCAAAGGUGCCCUUCCCCCGCCUUAGCUGAAUGUGGCACCUCUUUAAUAUUAGAAACCCCUUAAAGAGACUGACCUGUGUAUUGUGUGCAAAUGUGACCUCGGAGCCUGUCCUUGUUCAUUAUUCACAAGCGCCAUUUAAUUUUGGACUUAGCAUUUUGGCUCAGGCAGUUUACAAGAUGAGACCAGCUACUUGCCAGAGUGGUUUUGGUUUGGAAGUAAGGACUCUUGAGAGUGGGGGUGUUGUGAGCUGUGGUCAAGACACGGGGGCUAUCCUCAGAUCUCCUCCUCAUGGUCCGUAAAAUGGGACUGGCUGGCACUGGGACUUUUUUGGUCCCUUAAUGGGGUGAUUAUUAUUAUUUUUUUUUGUUUGGCUUGGAGAAUCUUUUUUUAAGCAAGGGCCACCAGAGGGCCAGAGUGGUGCUUGGGACAGGGUUAUUGAAUUCUUGAAGAAGUUUUGGCUCCAAUAAGCUGUCUCCUUGGCAUUGGUUUCCUAUUGAUUACACAACUAAUAGUUAAAUGUUACUUUUGUACGUCUAAAAAAAUUUACACUAAGUAUUUAAAGUUUUUUUUUUUUUUACUUAUAUCAUUGUGUAUAUGUGUGAGUGCAAUGUGUGUGUGCUGCUGGAGGCCAGAGGAGGGUGUCAGAUCUCUUGUAACAGGAGUACUAAGCUGUUGUGAGCAGUUGCCUGGAACAAAACUCAGGUCCUCUCUCAACUGCUGAGACAUCUCUUCAGCCCGAAGCUGCAGAUUCAAAAUUUAUUGACUUCUCUCUUUCUGCAAAUACUUUACAAUUAUUCCAGAAAGACAAUCCAAAGAGGGGAAAAACCAUAUCUAAAGCAUCUAGCUUCAGGAUGCAGGUGGCUCCUGUGGCUUUGUUAGGAGUGGAACAUAGAAGAAUCAUCUGUGCAAGACAGCAUGGGUGUGGGGGAAGCUCGGAUGGACAGCUCUUACCUACUGAAAAACUGGCCAUGGGCCAAAGAGAUGGCUCCUACCAGAGAGUCAGAAUCCUCUUCUCGUCAGCCACGUCCACAGCCCAUAAUUGCUUGUAACACCAUCUCAGAAAAUUGAACACCUUAACUUCUUUUGUUUUUCAUGGGUACCUGCAUACAUGUGCACGUAGACACACCCAUAAGCACAUAAUAAAAAAUAAAUCUCAUUUAAAGCUCGGUGACCUGCAAAUAAUAGGCUCCACCUAACAAGAAGUUGUGUGGUAGCAGCAGAAGCUCGCACAGCCCGCGCCACUGGUCCCUUCUGUAAGGGAUGCUUACAGCACCUCCUCUCCUCCCCACCGUCUGACACCAAGCUCAGAAAUGAUACCGAGGAUCUUGCUAGCAUGAACAGGCGGUCUCCAGUUGUUUUUGAGAUGAGCGUUUUUGGUGUUAGUAUAAACUAUAUACCCAGAAAGUAUGUGUGGAGCUUUUUUCCCUCAUGACUGGGUUGAAGGUCAGAUAUCAGCCCUUGUCUUCAAGGACCUCACUGUCUAAAGAGAUAGACCUGCAUAGUAACUGUAGCUGCUGAAUAUACAAACCCAGGGACAAGCAUGCACGUACACAGGUGGAGUUCAUGUUCCCCAACUUUGUCUUAAAAGUUCUCGUUCAGACAUAUUUCUUAAAAUUCCUAGAGAAAGGUAUUUACCAGAGACCCCAGUAGC